AUGAGCGGCCAGCGCCCAGGUCAUGGUAGCAGCGAGAACACCAACAUUCCCUGGUGGCAGUCGGAAGAGCUUUCUCCUCGACAUUUGCCAGCCUCCGACGAUACUCUGGACACUUUUACGCCUGAUUUUCCAACUGUCUUCCUUGACUCCCCCUCAGUCGCCGCAAAUUCACCCGCAUCCUUUCACACGCCCUACUCCGAUUCGUACCUACUCGGCCCGUUGACCUACGAUGUUGCGCGGCCCAUACCUACGCGCGAGGCUCCGCGAAGCAUGAGUACCAGCGCCGUCUCUGCGCCAGAGAAGCCGCUUCUGUCGACCUCGGCGCCACAAUUGCCUCCUCCGCGGCAGAUUCGCUUCGUCUCUACCGACGGCCAACCGCACGCGAAAAGACGACGAAUUAAUGCUGCGUGCUUGACCUGCCGCAAGCGCAAAACGAGAUGUUCAGGCGAGCGUCCAGAAUGCAAGACUUGUAUCGACACAGCGCACGUGUGCGCCGGCUACAAUACCAGGCCGACACGCAAGGGCGAUGAUAAAUUUGAAGACGACUCAGAGGAAGAGUCGGGCGCUUCGUCGCCCAAGCGGCAAGUUCGGAAUGACCUCGCUUCGCAGCUUCAUCAGAGACCAGCGCCCGUGCCUGUACCGGCACCGAAACUCGAGCACGCAGAUUCAUUAAACUUGCCGCGUUCGUUAUCAAGGGACGAUGCGGACAUCAGAAGUCCGGGAAGCAAUCACACGGCCAGCAGUACCUCCGCAGCCAGACAUGGAGUACCGUACUUCCGCUAUUUCGGACCGACGGCAAUUGUGCCUGGUUUCAAGCAGAUGGUCGUAGCAGUCAAAGACCACAGGAGAAGUCUGCCAUCUGUCUCUGGAGAGUCCCCAGUUUCUGGACAGCAUCUGGACUCCGUGUCGACUACAGGCAUUGAUCGACUCCCUGUCGAAAUACCAUUCUAUGAUUCGACUGAUCCAUCGCCAAAUGCCACUCUCAUCACACAUCUCUGUGAGACAUUCUUCACCCAUCUAGGCUGCAAUUAUCCCUUUCUACAACGAGAACGAUUCAUGCGCGAUCUCGAGGACAAGAAAGUCGACGCCAUCCUCGUGGAUGCUGUAUGCGCCGUCUCGGCUCGCUUUUCGACCGAUCCAACCAUUCUGAGAUCUAAUGAUGAUACCAUCUUACGAGAGGACAAUGGCGAUGUCAAACGCCCUUUUCGAGGGCAUCCCUUUGCGCAACGGGCAAUGUCUGCCAUUGUUGAGACGUUCCAAUUUCCAACUAUUGCUGGGGCACAAGCGUCGCUAUUGCUGGCAUAUGACGAAUUCGGUACCGAUCAUGAUAGUGGACUGUGGAUGUACUUGGGAACGGCAAUACGCAUGGCUCAAGAUCUUGGAAUCCAGAAGUUGCAAGGCUUGCAGUUUGAAGGCCGGAUAGGCCCUACACCGAAAACCGCAAAAGGUGGCGAGGAAGGCAAGGUCGAAGAAGCGAGAAGAGCAGAAAAGCACAGGGACUUUUCUCGGCAGCAUGAUUUAAUUGAUGCAAAGGAGCUCGAGAAUCGAAAAGCGAGCGAGCAGGAACGAAUCGACACGUUCUGGUCCAUAUUCUUCCUCGACCGAGCUGUAUCUUCUGGUGUUGGCCGACCGGUGAGUCUACGGGACAAGGACAUCGAAAUCUCCUUCCCAUAUCGACCGGACCUAGAAAUGGUCAACGGCUAUCCACAUCCUUUUCCGCCCAUGAUCCGGAUCGUUCACAUGUACGGUCGUGUGGCUGAUGUGCUCAACAAUAUCAAGGAUAUAAAUCAGGUGACUCCGGAUGUUUUGAAGAAGCUCGCAAGCAUGGAGAAAGACCUGACUGGCAUUUAUCAACGAUUGUCGCCGAAGCUACACUUCAACGCUACCAACUUCCAGCACUACGUCAAGGCCGAACAAGGGACAAAUUUUAUACUGCUGCACUUCUGGUUCCACACGUUGAUUGUGCUAGUACACCAGCCGACAUUGCUGCACUCCUUCGAAGGUCGGAUCCAACAACUGUUUCCCGACAGCAGAGAGCUUUCCAUGUCCUCAGCAAAAACCAUCGCUGAUAUCCUGGCUUUCGCAGAGCUGAUUGACGUGAAAAGCUUCGUCGGCAACCCAUUCACCAGUCAGCCAAUGUACGUCGCAGCCUGCGCCUUUCUGGCGGAAGCAACAGCGCACACUUCACAGCCUCCCUCACGAACUGGAUCACCGCCCGGAAAGUUCAGAUCAGAACAUGUGCCAUCACAGAACGCAGAGCAGCGGGCUGCCAACGCAAAACAUACGCUCCUGGCCUCAGCCGCCAAUCAGAACUACCAAAGAUGCUAUAAGGCGCUGAAAAUCCUUGAUUCGUACUGGGCUGGCUGUCGGUACAUCUUGACCGCGUUGGAUCAGAAGUCCAAAGGCCUAAUGGACCCGCUACUUUACACGUCGGACGACAUCGACGGACCAAUGCCUUCGACCGAGCCUUCUUUCACCAGCCCCGGCUGGCGCAGAAACACUUCCUUGAGCGCCUCGCUCGGCCUCAGUCGUCUCAAAGCGAUGCACGAGCAAGGAGGUCCCUGGCCCGGCUCCCCAGGCAUGGACUGGAACAAAGCCAUCGGCUGGUCUCUCACCGGCACCGCCAACUCACCACAACCCAACCUUUCAUUCCUCUAUCCAAAUACCAACACCGAGAGAGGCACCUACUCCCCCUCAGCGAACGACCAGCAACACUCCCACCACACCCAAUCCAAUACAUAUCCCUACCAGCAUUCCGCACACAUGAUGCCGCCACCCCGCCGCAUGUCCUCCCUCCCCUACGACCCCGUAUCUCACACCGACGCCGACCUCCUUCUGAACCUCAAUUCCCCCUACCCCACCGCCUCUACCACCAACCUCUCCAGCAACAACAGCGGCGGCGUCGGCACCCCGACUCCCUCCCUCAGCCAAACUUACAGCCACGACUACGCCGCGCCCCCACCACCACCGUCACACAUGUACAACCCCGCUGCUGGCGGCGGCGGCUACCCAAACUACGGCGACAUGUUGAUCGAGAGCCAAGACGUUGACAUGAUGACCGUCGCAGGCGCCAACGCACUAUCUUUUCCCGGCGGGGACAUGAUUCCCUGGCUUGAAUACCUGCCGCAGGAUGUGCUGAGCUACUUUGGCGAGGUCGGCGAUGGCGAAGACGCGCUUGCCGGCGUGGAUGGUGUUGGGCAGGCGGUGGGAGUGGCACCGACGCAGCAACAGCAACGGCCGCCGCCGCCGCCGCCUCAGGAUCCGCAGCAGCGGGGACCUGGGGAGAGGUGA